UGCCUCUCGUUGUGGCGGUUGUGGCAGCAUGGCGGUGACGUUCAUUUGACAGUUAAAAAUUCGGUGAUAUAUUUAUAAAAAUACAUUUGUUUACUCUUGGCUUCAAAAUCCAAUUGUGUAAGGAAACGGGACGAUGGGGGAACAACCCAUUUUUAGCUGCAAGGCCCAUGUCUUUCACAUUGACCCAAAAACCAAACGAUCAUGGAUGCCUGCCUCCAGCACUGCAGUCAAUGUCUCCUUUUUCUUCGACUCCCAAAGAGGCUUGUAUAGAAUUAUUAGUGUGGAAGGGACAAAGGCUGUUAUUAAUAGCACUAUCACUCCUAACAUGACCUUUACAAAAACAUCUCAAAAGUUUGGACAAUGGUCGGAUGUACGGGCUAAUACGGUUUAUGGUUUGGGAUUUUCAUCGGAAUCUGAAUUACAAAAAUUUAUAGAUAAAUUUAAUGAAGUUAAAGAAGCAACAAGAAAUUCAAUAUCCAAAGUAACUGCAAAUGGAGGAACAGCCGUAACACCGGUAACAAGUGCAAAUGCGAGUCCAGUAAUAGCAAGGGCAGCAACAGCUUCAACAGAGGGUUCAGAUCUUUUGGAACCUCCAGGAAGCGCUGUGAUGCCAAAUCAGAAUGCCAAACAAGAAGAGGAAUUACCUCAUGUUCGUAGUCAUUCAGUCUCUGGGAUGCAAAGCAAUGAAAGUCCAAGUCACCAGGCUAAAGGAGACAAAAGCAGUUAUUCUCUAUCAAGUGGGGGGAACUCAAAUCAAAGUGAUAUGCAGCUAAAGUAUGAAAAUGACCGGUUAAAAUUGGCAUUGGCGCAAAGCUCUGCAAACGCGAAGAAGUGGGAAAUAGAAUUGGCUACGCUGAAGAGUAACAACGCGCGUCUAACUAGCGCCCUGCAAGAAAGCACCGCGAACGUGGAUGAGUGGAAGAGGCAGCUUCAUACUUACAAAGAAGAAAAUAUGCGUAUGAAGGCGAAGUAUCAAGCGGAUUUGGAAGAUUGCAAAGGUGGUGGUGAAGUCGCGGAUGACUUGCGGAAGGAAAUACAAAGCCUUAUGCAGCGAGUUGAGCAGCUCGAAACGGAAAUUGAACUUAAGAAUAGUGAAAUUAAACAGUUAACUGUUGCACAUAAAGGAUCUGAUAUCAUCCAGGCUUUACAGAAAGAAAAUCAAGAUUUGCAAACGACGGCGAAAUUAUCUCAAUCCGAAUUGGAGGUGGCGCUAAGUGCGCAUGAAUCCCAAAGGCAGGUAUUGGUUACAUUGAAUCAACAGUUAGCCGGGCGUAUUCAGGAAUUGGUGACUAUUCACGACGAGAUUAAUACGGCUCUGCAGACGUGAAACGACGACGUCAGCUGACAAUUAGCUGCCAUGCGAAAAUACAUCGCGUUAUUGUAACAAGUUCCAAAUUGUCGUUUCAUACGUUGGAGCACAAACGGAUUUACACACGUUUAAAAAAAAACAAGUUUAAACAGCGCGAGUGCCAUUUCUGUCACAAGCUCAAACAACAAAUUAAAAAAAAAAAACACUUCCCGUCAUAAACUUUUGAUGAUGAGUUAAUUUCCGAAAUUUUCUUUUAAAUGUUGAUUAUUUUGUUAUUUUAAAAUCGAAUGUUCUUUAUUAAAUAUUUUUAUUGAU